CGGCGCGGGAGAGAGUCUUCUCCCGGGAUUGGCUGGGCGGCGCCAAGCUCUGAGAAGGGGGGAAGCAAGCGCGAGGCGGCGAGGCGGGCGGCAUUGGGCAGGAGCGCGAGGCGCGGAGCGGAGGCCGGGGAAGAGGAGCGCGCGCUCCUUCCUUCCUGGGCGCCGCCGCAAUGUGGGGGCGGUACGGGAAGCAGGAGCGGGGAAGGCGGCCGUCGACGCCGUUGCCGCCCUCCGCCUGAGCGCCAUGGAGGAGCGCCUGGGCCGCUGGCUGCUGGUGCCGCUGCUGGGGGCGCUGCUCUUCCUCCUCCUCCUCCUCCUGCUGCUCCCCUCCGAGGCGCCCCCGCCGGGGCCCCCGGGCUGCGCGGGAGGGCCCACUUCCAGGGGGAAGGCGGCGGCGGCGGGGGAACGGAGCAGGCCCCUCUCGCCGGCCCUCCGCUUCGAUAUGCGCGGCCGCGACGUGAUGGUCUUCCUCCACAUCCAGAAGACCGGCGGCACCACCUUCGGGAGGCACCUGGUGCGCAACAUCCGCCUCGAGCAGCCCUGCCACUGCCGGCCCGGGCAGAAGAGGUGCCUCUGCCGCCGCCCCGGAGCAGCAGGAGGGGAAGGAGGAGGGGGAAGGGACGCCCCGGGAGAGGGCGAAGGCGAAGCGGCCGGCGCCGACAAGGGCGACACGUGGCUCUUCUCCCGCUUCUCCACCGGGUGGAGCUGCGGGCUGCACGCCGACUGGACCGAGCUCACCAGCUGCGUCCCCGCCGCCAUGCAGCGCCGCCGAGGAGGAGCCGGAGGAGGAUGCCCCGACGACGGCGCCCGCAGGAACUUCUACUAUAUCACAAUGCUGAGGGACCCUGUGUCACGCUACUUGAGUGAAUGGAAACAUGUCCAGAGAGGAGCAACGUGGAAGACCUCCCUCCACAUGUGCGACGGGCGAAGCCCUACACCAGAAGAGCUGCCUAUGUGUUACUUGGGAGAUGACUGGUCUGGCGUGAGCUUACAAGAGUUCAUGAGCUGCAGCCACAACCUGGCUAACAAUCGUCAGGUGCGCAUGCUAGCAGACCUCAGCCUAGUUGGAUGUUACAACUUGACCUUUAUGAAUGAAAGUGAAAGAAACACGAUCCUCCUCCAAAGCGCCAAGAACAACCUGAAAAAUAUGGCGUUCUUUGGACUCACUGAAUUUCAGAGAAAAGCUCAAUAUCUUUUUGAGAGGACUUUCAAUCUGGAGUUCAUCUCCCCUUUCACUCAGUACAAUAUUACACGGGCCUCCAAUGUGGAUAUCAGUGAUUCUGUGCGGAAACGCAUCGAAGAGCUGAACUUCCUGGAUAUGCAGCUGUAUGAAUAUGCUAAAGACCUAUUUCUGCAGCGCUUCCAGUAUGCCAAAUUAGAAGAGCAUGAACAAAACCGUCAAAAACGACGGGAAGAGCGAAAAAGUUUGCAUGAACAGAAACUCCAUGAAUGGCAGAAGGAGGAAGAAGCAAAAGUAGUAGCUGUUACUGAGGAUUAUAACAGUCAGGUGGAACGGUGGUGAAUUGCUCCCCUCUGUGUGCAGCUACACAGACACACCCUUUUGUACACAGAGAGACUAACAGCAUUGAACUUAAUUAUUCAGUGGUGAAUUACUAUGCGGACCUCCUGUUUGUUUUGAUACAUUGAGAGAGAGAGUCAUUCAGCUAUCCUCACUAUUUAUGUAUCUACAAAUCUUGUCAUUCAACAAAAAUGUAUGUUACGUUUUGCAGUGCACCCCAAUCCGCAUGAUUGAGUUGGCUGUUGAGUAGCUCUUUCUUCAAAACAAGCCACGUGCAAAGGCAGUACCUUC